AUGGGCGGGAGUGGCUCAAAAUCAAGAGGAUAUUGGCCUUUUUCUGGCUCAGGUACUGUUGAAGACGCAACCAAAGACGGAAAUGAGCAAUCGGUGACCAGACUGCGUUUCCCAAGUGCAACGCCAUUUGUGUUUACAAGACGGAGCUCUUUGUACUUGGAUGAGGAUGGUGACUUGGCCCAUGAGUUUUACGAAGAGACAAUUGUAACAAAGAAUGGUCGUAAAAGGGCCAAGCUGAAAAGGAUUCAAAAAAAUCUAAUGCCUCAGGGAAUGAUAAAGCUGGAACAUCCUUCUAUCCAUGUAGAUUUUCCUAUCGUCCUCUGUGAGGUUUGAUGAUGCCUGAGCCUUUUCCUGCUCGCCAACUCCAUCCUGCCGUCUCCCUGUGUGGGGGAGCCACGCACUUCACUGGAACAUGACCUCUUGAGAUAUCUAAUGCCCUAUGCCUGGACUGGUUAGUAAAAUGUUAAGCCUCUGCAUGCAAACUAUGUUCAUGGUUUGUCACGUGAUCUGUGUUGGACACAGAAGAGGCCACCAAUAAAAAUGUGUUAAAGAUGACAAAACAGUAGAAGGGGGUAACCAUCUGGGAAUUCCUUGUUUAAAUUAUAAGUUUGGUGUGCCUAUGGUUCUUUGAUUAUUGUAGGAAAUUCCUUACCAAAUUUCAGCGGGGUCUUAUCUUGUUAUAUAAUUUGUGGAAGAAAUGCACUUCGAGAAUAAGGCAAAAGGUUAUUACAUUUUUGGCUUUGGCGAGAUAAUGGCCAGUAAUUUCUAUAAUGGCCUGAAAACGUAUGAUUUGAGAGGAAUCAAGAGCUAUCAAGAGCUGUUUGUUAAAUCACUAUCGUGUCAAGUGCUUCUAGCAUAUAUAUAUAUAUAUAUAUAUAUAUUAAAAAUCCAAUUUAAUCAAGGCCAAAACCUAGGUUUUCAGAGCAGGGAGGCCUAAAUGUACAUUGUAUGUGUGCAACGCCUAUAAAACUUGCUUAAAUAUCAACCUUGCAUGAAGCCUUCAUGUGCUUAACACUAAAUAUCCCUGUGAGGUGGACGAUUCUCUGCCAAUAUGUUCAGAAGUGGUUUAAUGUGAUGUUGUAAUGUAUGAUGGAUCUUGGCUUGAGUUAAGAGGAUGUGUGCAGCCCUCAUGUACAGUAGCACUGAGUUUAACAACAGAUCAUUUGUUUUCUGCUUGGGCUCACUCAGUUCACUUUUUAUUUAUAACUGGUCAAAUAAAUUUUUUAUUUAUAUUACAAUUGAAAAUGUGUAAUUGGUUUGUUUUAUUUUUAAUCCAAAAUUUGUUUUCUUAGCAAUGUUUACAUAACUUUAACUCUAAUAAUUGCAUUAUAUAAUUAUCAAUAUUAUUUCUUGCUCCAUUGCUGUGAUAUGGAUUUUGCAUUCCUUUCAGAAUGAAAACAAAUUCCCUUACUGUUAUUUGUACUUAUUUUAUGCAAAGACUACAUGUUAUCCUUCAAUCCAAUUUUGAUCUCAUGGAUUUAAAUCUGGAAUCAAACCAAUUUAAUCAUAAAAGGUUAUGGGCUACGGUUAGUAAAAAUUAAACUUUUUUUGGCAGCUG